AUGGAAAAGUUUAGCAAAUUGUACUUGUCUGAAGACUUCGUGGAACAACUUCUAUCAAGAUUGCCUCCCAAAUCUUUGAUGCGGUUUAAGUGUGUGUGUAUUUUGUGGUGUAAUUUAAUCAAAGGCCCUAAUUUCGUAGCUAAGCACCUUUCUAACAGUAUGGGAGCAUCCUCUAUGCCAGUCCUUUUCAAGCGCCCUGUCUUCAUAGGCAAAAACAAGAAAAUCAUAGAUGAGAAAGAGGAAUGUUUGAAUGAUGAUGACAAUGUAGAAACUCGGUUAUCUUCACUUGAUCUCUACGAUGAGAAUGAUGUCGAUGACGUCCUUUUGUCAAUUGUAGUUGAAGAUCUUAAUCUCCCGCUUCCAGCUUCUCUAAAAUUAAAACAUUCUUCAGAUCUCAGAAUUGCAGGUCAUUGUGAUGGAAUCAUCUGUUUAAAACUUUUUAUUGGUAACGUUAUUCUAUGGAACCCAGUUAUGAAGGAAUUCAAGCUUCUUCCUAAAUCUUGUCGUCUCCUUCCCAAUGAUGAUUAUGAGUUGCUUGAGUAUCGAUUAAGAAGUUACUCUGAACAUUUGGGAUUUGGUUAUGAUUCCAAUGGUAAAGAUUACAAGGUUGUUAGAUUUGUAAUCUAUGAUAAAGAAGGUUAUUGGUUCGGAGCAGAAGUAUAUACUAUGAAUUCUAAUUCUUGGAGAGAUAUCAAGACCACAUACAACGAAAUGACAACUCAUGUUCUUCAGUCUUCUGAUUUGUCUAUAUAUCUCAACGGAAUAUGUUACUGGGACGUAUCUGGUUUACACCAUCUUGAAUAUUAUGAGGGAUUCAUUCUUUCAUUUAAUAUGGUUAACGAACUAUUUAAUGAGAUAUCGUUUCCAAAUUUGCGAGAUGGAUGUAGAGUAGCAACACUUGCAGUUUGGAAAGAGUUCAUCGCUCUUUUUACGUAUCAAGACGGAAUUGGAAUUCCUCAAUCUAACGAUAUGUGGGUGAUGAUGGAUAAUCCAGGUGAUGCCAAGGGUUCAUGGACAAAACAUUUAACUAUAGGACCAGUGGAAUGUGAUGGAUUUCCAUUGCUAUUUUGCAACAGUAACCACCUUUUCAUGGUUAAUGGUGGAGGACAGAUCGUCGUAUAUGACACUGGCGCACGUAUAUUGAAGUAUCUUCCUAUUCAUUUCAUGGGAGAUGUGAUCUAUAAUCAAGCACUUGCUUAUGAAAAUAGUAUUGUUUCCAUCAAGGGGGGCAACGUACUUGACGGUAUAUAUAUUUCUGCUUUUUAUGGUAGUGGUAAGUUUCAAUCUAGCUACAGGGGAAAAGUUGAUAUUUCUGCUUUCCAAGGCAUUGGAAGGUCGGAGCUGUAG